GAACCAAAUUUAGCACUAGAUGUAAACAAGUAAGAAAAUCAGGUGAUUCACAAUGGACCAAUCAGCAAGCGCCGAGAUAGAAUGAGAACUUACUCGUGUCUAUCACGUGAUGGACGAGUUGAUACGUAUAAACUGAACGUUCAGAACAUCAAAAGCACUUUACAUCUCUUCCCUUGAAGCUGAACUCUGAGCUUGGCACAGUUAAAUUUGCAACUUAAAAUUUCCUUGAUCGAAAAUGACAACAGAUAAUAAGAAAAUCUCGGAAGCUGUAGAGGGGGCGUUGGCGCAGAUUAAAACGAACGCUCCUGAAGAGCAUUCCAAGCUCAUUGCAGACGGGAAAUUGAAAGAUGCUAUCACUACAGCAGCGAGGGAAGCCGCCGAUGAGGAAGUGAAACUCGCUCACGAGUUUGCCUCUCAACCAGAACAAGACAUCCGUAAGCGCCUUGAGAAGCAUCUGCCCGAAGAUCGAAUCAGGCUGAUUGAAAAGGCGCUCACCAUUCCAACAUUCCGCAUGGAAAUAAGCAAGAUGGACAAUGGCAAACAUCUGGUGCAGUUGACAAGAGAAGGAGAGGAGUUCCUGCCAUCCAGGGAACUGGUAGCGAGUGCUGACAUCGUUUGGGCCACGAUUCUUCAGUACGCCAGUGUUGUGGUGGAGGCGGUGAUGCUUGUCAUGCAGGCAGUUGGGAUCGGAGUAUCUGUAAGCAGCAGCACCAUGAAAGCCACCAUUGAAGACACCGCGGAAGCAAUUAAGAAGUCUUCAGCAUUCCAGCAAGCGAUACAGAAGUUUGUCAGUUCGUGGAAAGCGGCGGGAGGCAGUGCAACUAACAAGGCUAAAGCCAUUUUCUUCCUCCUCAAAGAAACCUACGCAGCUGGAUUGUUGUGGACCAUCAUUAAGAGUUUGUGCAGACAGAUGAAAUGGUACGACUGGUUGGAGACCGCAGCGAAGGUGAGCGCCAUGAUCAUAGCAGCCUUUGCCACAGAGGGAGCAGCGCUAAUAGCAAAGAUUGCUUUGACCGUUUUGGCUGCUGUCGAUUUCGCCAAGAAGAUCGCUAAUCUGGUACAACUUGAAGAAAUAAAGAAAAGUCUGUAGGAAGAAAGAGAUUAUGCAGGUUUCGGCAGUUUGCCAGGGUUCAUGACAUUUUCAGAUCAGACGAUUCAAAUCUCCCAAAAAUACAUUGAAAAAACGGUGCUGAAUUGUUUGGUGAUAUAUAGGAAUCGAACAUGACAAUGUGAAGCUGAUUCAUUUCGUUAGCAAAGGCACACUUAAAUUUACCAGAUUUAUGAACUUAUAGACGAUUUAACUCACUAAUAUCACAAAAUUGAUUCAGUCAACAGAACAAUUAUUAUUUUAAUUACAGCAGUUAAUUUUUGUACUCAGUUAUUAAUCGUGAUGACUUACCAGAUCAAUAUUCAAAAUUCUUUUAAAUAAAUUCGUCGCUUUUCGGAUGAUCUGUUUCUCUUAGUCUUCCCUCUUAACAUUUUACAUCAAACACGACUGAAAACAUACUCUGACAAGAAUAAACAUUGGCAGCUAAAAACGGAUGAUCUGAUUCUCAAUUCAUUCGUUAUACUCUCACUUUAUUUCAAGGUUUAUGUAAAAUCUGUGAAUCAAGCAAUGUUUCCUCGAAUUACACAUUGAGCCUCCAAAUGUAAACAUCUCCUGUUGAUUGACUUUUUACGCGGCACUCUUAACCCUUAACUCCUACUAGUGACCAAGACAGAACUUCUCCUUACAAUAUCAAUACAAUAUAAACCAGACAAGUGAUGAAAAUAAAGAACAAUAUC